CAUUUAUACAUUCUUCAUGAUGGCCGUGUACACGAAGAAUCAUGUACACGAAUGUAUGCAAAAAGACUCUUUCCCACCUGCUGGCCGGUACGGUCACCGACGUCAACUCAUCACACACACGGCCACCACGGCCAAAUCAGCAUGAAAGCACCAUCGACUUGCAAUCCCGGAGUUUGUUGACUCUGUGUUCGCACGCGGGAGCCGCCAUGUGUGCAUCCGGGUGGGGGGCAAUGCGACGCUGAUUCGGCAACAGCAUGAAACUCCUCUCAUGCCAUGCAUGUCAGUCAUCGCACACACACAUAUCACUCACUCUGUCAGUCAGUCCACAUGUCUGCAUGUCAGACCUCACCGUCCGUCCCAUGGCAUGGCGACCACACACACGGAAAAAGCCAUCACGUUACCAGCCAGCAUCAAUCAACGCAAUCGACCCAUCGAUCGACACAGAAGAGUCAAGAGGGAAAAGGCGAUCGACAGGGAAAACGCCGCACCACCAUGUGAUUUCUCUUUGAGAGGCGGCAAACACUCCCACACUCACCCACAAGCAUACACAGACAGCCACACAGCCAGACAGAAAGACAGACGCAGCAGGGAGGGAGUGAGUCCCUUGCUUCACUCGAGUAGGUAGCCGGAAAGGAAGAGCAGGAAGAAGAGGCCGAGGCUGCCAAAGAUGAGAACGUUCUUCUGGCCGGCCGUCAACGUGUUCGUGCCAAUGCCGUACCCCUGGUUGUCAGCAAAACCUGAAAGAAUGAACCACACGCACCAAAAGCAUGACACCGCGUUGACGAAGGCAUUGCUGCCGCAGGCGCUCGUGUGGCAUUUGCGUUGGGUCGCAUAUAUACCUGCGAUCGUCCUGGUGAUGGGGUUGAAGUAGUUCUUGGGCGCCUUGCAGUUGGGGCACUUCCACCACGUGGGGACGUCCUGCAUCCACACACAUCACAUACAGCCACACUUGACCAUGCCACCUCCCUCCCUCCCGUCUGGCGCAGCUAGUUGUAUAGACCCACCACCCCACCCACCUCACCUCCCACUUAGUGUUGGCCUUGAGGUAGAUGCCAUCUCCCUGUUUCCACCGGUAGACGUAUCCGCAGUUGCGGCACUGGUAGUCCCCCGUGCUCUCCGUGAUGAACUUCUCCUUCUCCUUGAGCUCCAAGACCUCUAUCUGCUUCGGCGUCAAACCCUUGUAGCGCGGGUCAAUCUCAGGCUCUUUCGCCGCAGCGCCCUCAGCCUCACCCGAGCCCUCGGUUGCUGCUGGAGCUGGAGCUGCUGCCGCCGCAUCCGUGGCCUCCUUGGUGGCCGUUUGUUGCUCUGUUGAUGCCUUUGGUUUCUCAGCCACAGUGCCGGACGCCCCAGCGGGCUCUGAGAACAGCAGAUGGUGCGGCCGUCUUGUGCGGAUCUGCUGGCUGCCUGGCCUCACGAGCGAGAGGCAUGGCGGGGAGGAGCAGAAGGCUUCAGCAGCCGUGGCCAGCCCUGGCCAUGCGUCUUGUGCGAGGCAGGAGAAGAUAAAGGCGACGAACAGAGAGAUGAGCUUCAUUGCCAAACCACCACCACCUGCUGUGCUUCUCGCCCUU